GGAGUCGGAGGUCUUGGCGGCCCAGGCGUGAGAGGUCAAGGGUCAGCCCUAGCCAGGGCCGCGAUGGUGAAGCAGACGAUCCAGAUUUUCGCUCGAGUGAAGCCCCCGGCCCGGAAGCAACAAUCAGGGAUUUAUUCCAUAGACGAAGAUGAAAAAUUAACACCCAGUUUGGAAAUCAUCUUACCACAUGAUCUGGCAGAUGGAUUUGUGAAUAAUAAACGAGAAAGCUACAGAUUUAAAUUUCAAAGGAUAUUUGAUCAGGAUGCAAAGCAAGAGAUCGUGUUUGAGCACAUUGCCAGACCAGUCGCUGAAAGCAAGAAGAUCCAGAUCAGGUUCUGGGCCCAGCAUUUCAUGAAAGCAGAACAUUGGCAGUGA